AUGGCGACCGGGAGAGACCUAGAGGAGGAGCAGGUGGUUCCAAGCGAGGAGGAUGAGGCCGAUGUGCGGGCAGUGCAGGCCCGCUAUCUCCGGAGCCCUUCCCCCAGCCAGUUCUCCAUGGUCUCAGAUGCAGAGACAGAAAGCAUUUUCAUGGAGCCCAUUCACCUCUCCUCAGCAGUUGCAGCCAAACAGAUCAUCAAUGAAGAACUCAAACCUCGUGGGCUCAGAACAGACACUGAUUGUCAAGGCAUGCUGGAGUCAGCUGAGCAGCUGCUGGUGGAGGAUCUGUACAACCGUGUCAGGGAGAAGAUGGAUGACACCAGCCUCUACAAUACUCCCUGCGUGCUGGACCUGCAACGGGCCCUGGUGCAGGAUCGCCAAGAGGCUCCCAGGAAUGAAGUUGAUGAGGUGUGGCCCAACGUCUUCAUAGCUGAGAAGAGUGUGGCUGUGAACAAGGGCAGACUGAAGAGGCUGGGUAUCACUCAUAUCCUCAAUGCUGCACACGGCACCGGUGUUUAUACUGGCCCUGAAUUCUACACUGGUCUGGAGAUCCAGUACUUGGGUGUGGAGGUGGAUGAUUUCCCAGAGGUGGACAUCUCCCAGCAUUUCCGGAAGGCUGCCGAGUUCCUUGAUGAGGCUCUGCUGACCUACAGAGGGAAAGUCCUGGUCAGCAGCGAAAUGGGCAUCAGCCGGUCAGCAGUGCUGGUGGUGGCCUAUCUGAUGAUCUUCCACAGCAUGGCUAUCCUGGAGGCUUUGAUGACCGUGCGCAGGAAAAGGGCCAUUUACCCCAAUGACGGCUUCCUGAAGCAGCUGCGGGAACUCAACGACAAGCUGAUGGAAGAGAGGGAAGAGGAGGACGGCAGCGAGGAGGGCCAGGACACCGGGAGCACCCUGGGUGCCAAGGUGCACUCGCUGAUGGUGGAGGAGGAGGAUGACUCCACCAGCAACCUGAGCUGCUCCUCCUUGGGCAAGUCCAGCCAGGCCUCCAAGCCUCUCACCCUCAUUGAUGAAGAGGAGGAGGAGACGUUGUAUGAGGAGUGGAGAAAGAGGCAGGGCCUCCCCACCCACAAGGCCAGAGAGGACAGGCGCUCUACUACCACUGCCCAGGAUGGGGAGGAUUCUGGGGAGGAGGAAGUGGAGAGGAUCAUCCAGGAGUGGCAGAGCCGAAAUGAGAGAUACCAAGCGGAAAGGCACCAGAGGUGGAGUCGGGAGGAGGAAGAGGAGGAGAGCAGGGCAGGCUCCUCCUUGGAGGGCAGAAGGCGCAGACACACCCUGAGCGAGUGCAGCUUCUCUGAGAGCAACAUGCGUAGCCAGGACAUCCAGAUCCUGAAGCAGCAGGGGCAGAAGAGCAGCCAGAGACCAGGUGGCAGGCACCGCUCGGACUCUGUGUCCUCGGAGAGCACGUGGGACAUGUGGAACGAGAGGCUGCUGGAGAUUGAAAAGGAAGCUUCCCGAAGGUAUCACUCCAAGAGCACCAGGGAGGAGGUGGACAGCAGCUCUGAGGCCGGGGACAGGGCACGAGAGGAUGACGAGGACAGCGUGUCCUCUGCCAGCUCCUUUUACAACUUCUGCAGCAGGAACAAGGACAAGCUCACUGCCCUGGAAAGGUGGAAGAUCAAGAGAAUACAGUUCGGAUUUCACAAGAAAGACUCAGAGGCAGGAGAUGGCAGCAGUGAGCUGGGUGCGGAGGAAGCCGGAGGGGAGACCUCGCUCUCAGACGUCAAUCUCACAGCCUACCAGGCCUGGAAGCUAAAGCACCAGAGAAAGGUGGGCAAUGAGAACAAGGAGGAGGUGGUGGAGAUGAGCAAAGGAGAGGACACUGUCUUGGCCAAGAAGAGGCAAAGGAGGCUGGAGCUGCUGGAGAGAAGCAGACAGACGCUGGAAGAGAGCCAGUCCUUGGGGAGCUGGGAGGCAGACAGCUCAGCUGCCAGCCGCAGCAUUCCCCUGUCUGCGUUCUGGUCUGCAACACCCUCAGUCAGUGCUGAUGGGGACACCGCGUCGGUACUCAGUGCCCAGAGCCACCACUCCGGGGCUACAAGCAAUGUAAGGGGAUGCUCAGCCUCCAAUCCUACCACACCACUUCCUAACCUGCCAGUGGGGCCUGGGGACACCAUUUCUAUUGCCAGUAUCCAGAACUGGAUUGCCAAUGUCGUCACUGAAACCCUUGCUCAGAAGCAAAAUGAAAUGCUGCUGCUCUCCCGUUCCCCAUCCGUGGCAAGCAUGAAGGCAGCACCAGCAGCCAGCUGCCUGGGGGAUGACCAGGUCUCCAUGCUGAGUGGACGGAGUGGCUCCUCCCUGGGUGGCUGCCUGCUGCCUCAGAGCCAGGCUAGAUCCACCUCUGACACGCAGUCUGUGCUGUCCUCCAACGGGACACUGAGCUCCAGAGCUGAAGGAAGUGGGAGCAAAGUGAGGGGGACCAGCAAGCCCAUCUAUAGUCUCUUUGCUGACAAUGUGGACCUUAAAGAGCUGGGCCGGAAAGAGAAGGAGAUGCAAAUGGAGUUGAGGGAGAAGAUGUCUGAGUACAAAGUGGAGAAGCUGGCCUCAGACAACAAACGGAGCUCCCUUUUCAAGAAGAAGAAAGUGAAGGAAGAAGAAGGGGAUGUUGUGGAUAAUCAGGAUGAGGACACAGACAGUGCCAUAGGGAGCUUCCAAUACUCCUCCCGAAGUAAUUCCCAAAGGCCUGAAACAGACGCCUCCUCCCUGGCUGUCUCUGAUCACCAUAGCAAUGGCAGCAGAGCUGGCAAAGCCAUGGACAGCAGUAUUAACAAGUGGCUCAGUGGCCUCAGGAUGGAGGAGAAAUCUCCUCCCCAAAGUGAUUGGUCUGGAAGCUCCAGGGGAAAGUACACCAGGUCAUCCCUGCUCCGGGAAACUGAGUCUAAAUCUUCCAGUUACAAAUUCUCCAAAUCCCAGUCAGAAGAACAGGACACCUCCUCCUACCAGGAGGCAAACGGCAACUCUGUCAGGAGUACUUCACGAUUCUCUUCUUGCUCCACCAGGGAAGGCAGAGAGAUGCAUAAGUUCUCCAAGUCCACAUUCAGUGAGACCUCAAGCUCCCGAGAAGACAGCCCAGAGCCCUACUUCUUCCGCAGGACGCCAGAUCCCUCCGAAGGGGACGAAUCCCCAGAGCCACGGCGCCCAAAUUGGGCCAGGCCCAAGGACUGGGAAGAUGUAGAAGAAUCAUCCAAGUCAGACUUCUCCGAAUUUGGAGCCAAGAGGAAGUUCACCCAAAGCUUCAUGAGGUCUGAAGAAGAAGGGGAGAAAGAGAGAACAGAAAAAAGAGAAGAAGGGAGGUUUGCCUCAGGACGCCGGUUCCAGUAUCGGAGAAGCACUGACAGGGAGGAAGAGGAAGAAAUGGAUGAUGAAGCCAUUAUUGCUGCUUGGAGACGCCGGCAAGAAGAGACCAGGACUAAGAUGCAGAGGAGGAGAGAGGAUUGA